AUGAAGUCCGCCUUCGCCGCCACUCUCCUCGCCUCCGUCGCGCUUGUCCGCGCCGCCUCUCUCUUCCCCACGGGCGUGAGCGACUCGUGCUCCCAGUUCUUCACCACCCUGGACAACGACAGCAGCCUCGCCACCUGCACAUCGUCUCUUAUUACCGCCACUGGUGCCUUCGCGCCCAGCACGAACAGUUCCGCAGCUGCCCCCACCGCCGAUGAUGUCAAGACCGCACUCUCCUCCGUGUGCUCGUCUUCCUCCAGCUGCUCCGACACCACCAUCCGCACCACCCUCGCCAACUUCUAUACCGCCUGCACGGCCGAGCUCACCUCGAGCCUGAAUGCCGAUGUCCUCCGCACCUACGACAUCCUCUACUCCCUCACGCCGUUCAAGAACUCGGUUUGCGCCAAGGAUGACAGCGGCAACUACUGCAUCAGCAGCAUCGCCUCCACCACCGGCAAGUCGGCGAGCGCCCUCACGAGCCUAACGAGCUCCGUCGUCCAGACCGUGUCCUCGUCCAAGGCCCGCCGGGCGGAUGCCCAGGCCGUCGUUGCCGUCAUCCCCAACCCGACCACCAUCACGAGCAACAACGUCCUGUUCAUGAUGUUCGACCCCUCGAUGGAGAAGGACAAGCUCUGCCAGUCGUGCGCCCGCACUGCGCUCACCAACUUCAUCUCGUACGAGUCCAAGACUCCGUACGCGCCUGGCCUCGCCAACUCGGCCUUCAUCUCUGGCCAGGCGAAGCUCUACCAGGCCGUCAACUCGACUUGCGGCGCGAGCUUCCUCUCCGGCUCCGUCGCUGCCGCCGCCGGUAUCUCCAGCGGUAUCCUCGGUGACGACAGCGGCGCGUCUGCGAUGUUCGCUGAGAGCGGCGUCGUCGGCGUCCUUGCUGGUGCGCUCGCGCUCGCGUUUGGCGCCGCUUUCUGA